AUGUCCCAACUUCACCACGGCCGAACCAUGAAGGACUGGGGUUCUGCUCUACCAACCAGAACUCUUCAUCCUCAUGAUGAUCUAAAGUUUGCGGCCUACCUGAAGCCCAAGGAUCAUGUGAUUCAAUCAACCCCAGAGCACCAACGCGUUCUAUUCCGCGACGUUAACAUCCUGGAUUCAACUGGGGCGCAACCCUUCCGGGGAGAUGUUCUUGUUGAAGGCGAACGAAUCAAAUACGUCGGAACCGUCCCUGGAAUUGAGAAACUCCAGAACGACUCCACCGUUACUGUGAUUCAUGGAAAGGGCCGCACUCUCAUGUCCGGCCUUGGGGAUGCACAUACCCACUUCACUUGGAACGAAAGCGCACUUGACAACCUUGGACAAAUUGGUGUCGAGGAACACACUCUCACAACCGCAAGGUCAGCCGCGACCUAUCUAGAUGCCGGCUACACUAUGUGCUUCGGAGCGGCGUCGGCAAAAUCGAGACUAGAUGUCGUUAUUCGCGAUGGUAUCAAUCAAGGAUUACUCGCGGGUCCUCGAUACUUGGCAAACGGAAUGGAAAUCGCACGCCGUGGUGGUGAGUUGACAGCUGGUAUCACCGCCUUCGCUGAUGGACCUCGUGAAAUGCGAGAAGUAAUUCGCAGCCAUGCGAAGAUUGGGGUUGAUCAAAUCAAGCUCAGCAUGUCAGGUGAAGAGAUUCUCGACGAAAGAGCUGCUAGGGACAGCUACUUUACUGAGGAAGAGACUGCCGCCUGUGUCGAAGAAGCGCACCGCCAUGGCCUCAGGGUCUGUUCGCAUGCCAGAUCUCAGGAUUCAGUCCGCCAAUGCAUCAAGUAUGGCCUUGAUGUCAUUUAUCACGCCAGCUACAUCGAUAAGGAGACUAUGGAUGAGCUUGAAAAAAACAAGCACCUCCACGUAGUUGCCCCUGGUCUCAACUGGCUCUAUGCCACCAUUCAUGAAGCCGGCCCUUUUGGUUACUCCUUUGACCAAGCUGAAAAGGCCGGCUACAAGGAGGAGUUAGACACGGCAAUAAGAGCGUGCAAGGAAAUGCACCAGCGCGGCAUUACCGUACUCCCAGGUGGUGACUAUGGAUUUGCUUGGACCCCGCAUGGCACCUACGCAAGAGAUCUAGAGCAUUUCGUCAAACUUCUCGACUUUACCCCAAUGGAGUCAAUAAUCUCUGCGACGGCAGGUGUCGCGAAGCUCUUCAUGCGCGAGCACGAACUAGGCAAAGUCCUGCCAGGCUACUAUGCCGAUCUCAUCCUAGUUGACGGCCAACCUCUCGAUAAUAUCAAGGUUCUCCAGGACCACAGCAAGCUAGUUUCCAUCAUGAUCAACGGUCGCCUCCAUAAAAAUGCUGCCGGCAACGAACUCGUACAGGCCAAGGGACCAAAAGCUGUGUCAGGCGGCGACAGGUUGACCAACUUCGUAUCGUACGUGGCUAAUAACGAGAAGCCUCGCAUUGGUCACCUGGAUCUGGAAAAGUCAACAAUCACUCCUUUGGCCAUGAUCUCCGGAGCUCCUAUCACAAACCUGUACCAAGUGAUUGAACUCGAGAACGCUGUGAAGGCUGACGGAGACUCCAUACCCCUAUCCGGUGUCACACUUCAAGCUCCUAUAAAGGACCGUGAUAUUCUCGCUGUGGGAAAGAAUUAUGCGGAGCAUGCUGCUGAGUUCAACCGAAGCGGAUAUGACUCCAGCGACAAAGUAGACCAGCCCACUCAUCCAGUAAUAUUUACAAAGAGAGCGACGAGCAUUAUCGCCUCCGGAGAGAAAAUUCUCCCACAUCCAGACUUUACAUCCUCGCUUGACUACGAGGGAGAAAUCGGUGUCAUCAUCGGAAAGUCUGGCUACCAGAUCUCCGAGUCGAAUGCAAUGGAUCAUGUGUGGGGAUACACAAUUAUUAACGAUAUGACAGCAAGAGAGAGACAGCGUGACCACAAGCAAUUCUACAUUGGGAAGUCCUCUGAUACCUUCUGUCCCAUGGGACCACUCGCAGUCCCCGCAGGGGAUCUUCCGGAACAUCUCCAGAUCCAAACGUUCGUUAAUGGAGAGAAGAGGCAAGACUCAAGUACACGGAGCCUCAUCUUCUCAGUCUCUACCUUGGUUAAGACAAUGUCCGAGAGCAUCACGUUGCGCCCCGGCGACGUCCUAGCUACUGGCACUCCCGCUGGAGUUGGCCUUGGAUUCAAGCCCGAGAAGUUCCUAAAACCAGGUGACAAAAUUGAGGUUUCAGUUGCCGGCCUUGGAACCUUGACAAAUACAAUUGGAGACUUUGGCAUGCAAAACCCGGUUCCAAAGGCUGUCGAUCUAGAAUCGCAUCUUGCCAAUCUCAAUUUAGAGAAUACUGUGGGGGGUCAAGGUCUGAUGUUGAUUGGGAACAAAUACAUCAACGUUCGGAAGAUUGGAGACGGGCACGAAACGGCAGUCUUUGUCCACGGGCUGGGUGGGACAGCAGAAUUCUUCACCCCCAUCGUCGAGGUCGAGGAAUUCAAAUCUCGAUUCACCAGCUUUGUCUACGACCUUGAGGGCCACGGCCUUUCUGCUACUGAGAUCGCCGCCAACGUGCGUAUCGAGAGCCUGACUGAUGACCUCCAACACGUGAUUGAGCAUAUUGGCACCUCUGGGCCAAUCACUCUCGUCGCUCACUCUCUAGGGUGUCUCAUUGCAAGCACCUAUGCCCUCCGCCAGCCCGGGAAGAUCAACAAGCUUAUCCUACUGGGGCCCGUCACUACUCCACUUGGUGAUCCUGGACGUGCAGCAAUCACUCAGCGUGCUAGAGAUGUGCGGUCCAAGGGUAUGUUGGCUUCAGGGACGGCGUGCACUGUUGCCGACGCGGGAACUUCUGACUUCACAAAGCGGUAUAGCCCAGUCGCGUUCGCGGCCACCAGGGCCUCGCUCCUCGCCACGAGCCCGGAGGGAUACGCCAAAGCCUGCCUGGCUCUAGUGAAUGCACCCGCUAUUCCCUUUGAGAAGAUAAAGUGUCCUACUCUGGUGGUGACUGGCGACGAGGACAAGACAGCUCCCGUCGCCGCGGUGAGCAAGAUUCGCGAACGCCUCCCAAAUUCCGGCCUGGAGAUUCUGCGCAACACUGGCCACUGGCACGUCUACGAAAGCCCCGAGGUUGUUUACAGAGCUAUCUACAGCUUCUAG